CAAAGUAAUGUAUCAUUCGUCGACGUCACCCUGCAUUCUUUUCGGUCCGGCAUCCGCCAUUCUCUUUUCGCUUGCGUACAUCGUAACGUUUUCCGUCGGUACCGCUUACCUUUCAGGUUUUUAAUUUUUUUUUAAAUUAGUUUUCACUUAACACCGACCGUAAAAAAUGGCCGCUGGAAAAAAACAGAAAAAAGCUUUGGAAAGCAUCAACACCAAGUUAGCUCUUGUCAUGAAGUCAGGAAAAUGUGUCUUGGGCCUGAAGCAAUCGUUGAAAACCCUAAGACAAGGAAAAUCUAAGCUGGUCAUCAUUGCAAACAACACAUCUCCGUUAAGAGUAUCGGAGAUUGAGUACUACGCCAUGUUGUCUAAAACUGAUGUUUUCCAAUACUCAGGCAACAACAUUGAAUUAGGUACCGCAUGUGGUAAAUACUUCAGGGUUGCUACUUUGUCAAUCACCGACCCAGGUGAUUCAGAUAUUAUCAAAACUAUACCUACUGACCAAGCCAACCAAUAAUUGCUAUGUGUAUUAUUUUGAUUUAAUAAAUAUUUUUUCCCAAGAUCA